CCUCAAGCCUCCACCGCAGGUUUGAUCGGUGAUGUAUUUAUUUAUUACUCACCUACUGGUAUGGUGAAGUAGUAUGACCAACGUUGCACCUUGGAUAUUCACCGUCUCACUUAUCGUGUGACCUAUGGAGACUUGGGCAACCUGUCGUUCGUCUCUGCUUUAACUCGAGCAUGUGUAUUGCCUAUCCGUCCAUUUAGCGCAACCACUCCGACACCUUCAAAAUGCCUAUGAUUCAGCAGCCCGCCAACCAGAUUAAGUUGACCAAUGUCUCGCUGGUAAGAUACAAGAAGGGCAAAAAGCGGUUCGAAUUAGCCUGUUACAAAAACAAGCUCCUAGAAUACCGAGAGGGCACAGAGACGGACCUCGACAAUGUCUUACAAGUCCCCACGAUUUUCCUCAACGCAUCAAAGGGCGAGACUGCCCCGAAUUCCGAAUUGUUGAAAGCAUGGCCGAUGCCCACGCAAUCCGAAGAAUCGUCGCACGGAGGCAAAUCCGGUGGCAAAGGGGGCAAGAAGGGCAAAGGAAAGGCGGCGAGUGAUGAGACGAAUGUCGAAAAGUCCUGGAAGGACAGUAUCAUUGAAGAGAUUUUGAAAAAGGGCGAGAUCCAGGUGAAUGCAAAUGAGAGGAAAGAGUUGCUCGACCGGAUGGAAAGAGAGAUUGUGGAAGAAGUUGCGCAACGGGUAGUUGACCCGCAGACGAAAAGAGUAUACACUCCCGGCAUGAUCAAGAAGGGCUUGGAUGUGCUCUCCAAACAGGGCGGGCAUGCACCGCCGCAGGAUUCUCUGGGUCAUAAACUGGGGAAAUUGAACAUCGAAGAGGGUGGCAAGAAAGGCUCAGGAAGUGCAGCAAGAUCCCGCGAUGCAAGUGGCCAGGAGACGCCUGUGACCGAGGAGGAUGAGUCGACCGGAGGAAAUGCCAAAGGCAAAAAGAGCGACAUGCCCAUGUGGACGGGUGUGGUGACGACCAAAUCGGUCAAGCAGCAAGCGCUUGAAGCCAUACGCGCAUUGAUAGCAUGGCAGCCCAUCCCGGUCAUGCGAGCGAGAAUGAGACUACGGAUCACAUGUCCAACAAGUAUCGCGAAGCAGGCACCCAAGUCGAAGGCGGCCAGUACGGACGAUGGCGGCGCCGAGGGGGAGCAGGGCAAAGGCACGGUCAAAGAUAGGAUCUUAUCGUUUGUCGAACAGGUCGAAAGCCAGGACGUCCAAGGGGACGAGUGGGAGGUUGUUGGCUUUGUCGAGCCUGGCGCCUUUAAGGCUUUGGGAGAGUUCUGUUCGGCAGAAACAAAAGGGAGAGGGAGACUUGAGGUUCUUGAUAUGGCUGUCACACACACCGACGAUUGAAUUAUCGACCCUUGAGCUCCAUUUGGCUUUACAGAUCGGUAGCCUCUCCUAGUACAUCGUACACAUCAUACGACCCACGGAUCAACUACAAGCAACAUCACUCUUUCACACCCUGCUGUCCAUGGAGGCUUAGGACGAUUCUCCGUGGUCGCUGCAAAUCGAACAGGAUGGCCUACUGCGCCGAUUCUCCAUGGCGCGUGGCGGACGCGGAGGAGGCUCAAAGGACACUACGCAAGUAUGGCCUCAACUAGGCGAUCAUCAUAUGCCUGAGGACAAUAUCGCGCCUCUAGCAAUCAUUGCCUCCACAAGAUCGUCUCUACGAGCCACCAGACCUACCAACCUCGACACCGUCUUCACGUCUGUUGGGUUGGUCAAAUUCUACCUCUACAGGUCUGCGCUCACUCGUCUUAGGUGCAUGCAUUGUGCAGGGUAUGGUCCGGCACCUGAAUACACAUUAAGACGACGCAAGAAGAUCCCCUGUAUUCUGUCCAGGUCAAAUUAUGGCCAAAUUAGGAGGAUAGCAAGGCGGUAAACGGCCUAGAGGACGUGGCGAUCAAGGAUACUUGCAGACGCAUCGUACGUUUGUCACCGCAAGAGGAAAUAUAUCAGUCUGGGAACUCGUUCAAUUCAACCGAGCAUGGAUUGUUGAAGAAUAAUCUUUAGCCUCACAAAGCCACAUAAUGGGCAAUGCUGACCAGUUCCAGGCUCCAGUCCUUGGUUGCUCGCCAGCUUUGAAAUUGGCUAACACGCGAUUCAUGACCAGCUGCAACCAAUUCAUAGUGAAACAGUGUUUUGCAAACAUUCCA